CAGAGUUCCAGAGGGCGCUGUUUGUCGUUGCACGGGGCCAAGUGGUUCGCCCUCAGGAGCGGGCACGUGACGGGGGAAUAAAAAAAGGAUAAUUUAUAGUCCGGCCGAAGCCGAUGCGUCACCUUGUAACCCCCAAAACAGAGAGUGAAAGAGAGAGCAGAGAAAGAGAGAAGAGAGCGUUUAAGUGAGUGCGAUUAUAGGAUUGUGGUCCGGUUCCAACGCCCACGUCCAAGUUCAAGUGUACCACAGACAUUUAAUUUGCGAUUCAAGUUCCACACCAACACAAGCAAGGGCGCCCAAAAAUGCGCGACUUUGCGAGCAUCUUCGGCGGCCAGUACCAGUCGAUCUUCGGCGGGGCCUCGUCGGGCUGCGGUAAUGCAGGCAUCGAGUGUGGCAGCUCGUCGUCCUCCGGCGGAGGUGGUGGUGGCUGCACCCCGCAGCGUCGGCGCUCCGAAAGCCUUGGCCCGUUCCGGAGGCGGCUCCGGUCCGAGCUGUCCCUGCUCGACUACUUCUUCCACCAACCGAAACAUGGACGACACACGCGCUACCCGAAUCGAACGUUCAUGCUGAUGGCCGCCGGCUUUAUGUUCAUCAUCUGCGGCACAGUACUACACAUUCUCGAUCCCUAUCUGCUAAUAUUCAAAUGGAAACUAAAGUUCCAGGAGGGAUCGGAAAUAUUCAACCUAUGGCGAACCCCGCCGGUCGAUUUGUACAUCAAGAUUUACCUGUUCAACGUGACGAACGCGGAAGACUUCCUUGCGGGGCGCGCUGAGAAGAUGCAGAUAGAAGAAGUGGGCCCGUACGUGUACCGGGAACUGAUGUCACACGAUGAGUUGGUGUUUAACGAUAAUGGAACGGUAUCGACCAAACCGCACCACCCGUUAAUCUUCCAGAAGAGUCUUUCCGGCAACCUGAGAGAGGACGACGUGUUUAUGAUGCCAAAUAUUGCGCUGCUGAGCAUAGCCCACGUAGCUUCCAAAAAGCCGUACUUUCUCCGGUGGCCGAUCAAUAUGCUGGUAAGGCAAACGGAAGUUCAGCCCCUGGAGCGGCAGACAGCACGAGAGUUCAUGUACGGCUACCCAACGACCCUGACCACCCUGGGCAACACGUUCCUGCCCCACUGGAUAUCGUUCGACAAAGUCGGCCUUAUCGAUCGGAUGUACGACUUCGACGACGACUUUGAGACGUUCUACACCGGUGAAUCGUCGGCCGGCAUGUCCGGGUUGUACGACACUUACCUGGGGUCGCCCGAUCUAGCCCAGUGGGAUGGCAAGCACUGCAGCAACAUAAGAAACGCGUCCGACGGCACCAAAUUCAAGAGCUUCAUUGAACCCACCGACCAGCUGCUGUUCUUCCGGAAGAGCAUGUGCCGGCCGCAGCGACUGAUCCAGAAUGGAACGGACUACGAGGUGGACGGCCUGAAGGCGACCAGAUUUGUGUUCGAGAGAAACGCUCUGGAUAAUGGCGAGUACGAUCCGCGCAACAAGUGCUACUGUCGGAAAGGCCACUGCUUACCGCGCGGGCUGAUCGAUGUAACGAGCUGCUAUUACGGGUUUCCGAUCGCACUCAGCUACCCACACUUUCUCGAUGCCGACCCGAAGGUGCUGGCCCACGUGAACGGUUCCCGGCCAGACCCGGUGGCCCAUCAGAGCCACUUCAUGAUCAAUCCCGUUUCGGGGCUCCCGCUGCAGCUGUCCGUGAAGUUCCAGAUCAACAUGGUGCUCGAUGAUCUGAGCGGCAUCACGCACUGUGAGAGGUUCUCCAAUCUCGUCGUACCCGCGCUGUGGUUCGAAAUUACGAUGCCAGGACUGCCGAAAACGCUGCUAUCGCGGUUCAUAUUCUACCUCAAAAUCCUGCCCGUCGGCGAUCUGGUGGUGAAGCAUGGUUUGCUCGCAUUCGGCGGCAUCCUGCUGCUGGUGGCCAUCACGAAGGUGUCGCUGACACUGUCCUCGGCCUACUCGUCGGCCUAUCGCAUUUCGAACGAGCUGCGCGAAAGCUUAUGGUAGCCACAUCGACCGAAGGCGCACUUCGCUCGCCCAAACGCACACACACACACACACACAC